AUGGCCGCAACAUCUUCCAACGGAGCAGGCCCGGGGCCGGGGGGUUUGCAAAGCGGCAGCGUUUCCCCUCGAACCGUCACUGCGCCAAAGACAGUCCAGUUUGUGCUGGUUUUCCAAGACUCACCGUACCGAGCGCGCUUGCCCUUGCGUGUUUCAAUCUACCCCCAUGACACCACAGACUCAAUCAUCACGACAGUGAAGAAUUUUUACGGCCUAUACUCGGGUCCAACCGUCUCGAAAGGCGUAAGUUUUGAGGACGAGCAGCGCAAUACGCUCAUCGCGCGUUACGAGAACUUCCGCAACAACAUGACAGUCUAUGUGCGUGUAAUCGAGGAGCUGCCACCUUUUGGGUCACAUGGUUACCACGCCGCCCAAGGUGGUCCCCAGAGCUACUACAGCGCCAAUGGGUAUGGGCCCCCAGCACCUCAGCAAUCUGAACAUCAUGGCCCCCGUCCUACGUCCAGGACAUCGCGCCUGCGCAGUCCGUCUCCCAACAGCGGGCGCGGGCGCCGCAGCACCUCGGCGGGCACCAAUGCUGCCGGCGGGAAGAAGGGGCGAUCCCGGUCAUCCAAGAACCGCUCGCAGACUAACGGUGACGGUCAUAGCGAUAGCUUCAACGGCUACAGCAGCGGCGAUGGCGCCCCCGGUUCCUCAUCGGGAAGAGCCAAGGAGCAGCUGGGCAACACGGACAUCAGCGUAGAGAAUAUCGUUGAAGGUGGCCGUCGCAAGCGCGCCAAGUUUGAGAGUUCGGAGCUACCUCUCUUCGCUCCUCCGCAGAUGCCUGCCGCCACCUCCAAUCCGUCAGUGUCGCCGGCUCGACGGAUGGACCCUCACCGCAAUUCUCUGCCCUUCAUUCAAUCGGGGCAGAAUCCGUUCAGCAACCCCGCCCCGCUUCAAUCCCCGCAGGGCUAUCAUAAUGGAUAUGGACAUGCAGGGUUGUAUGGGACACCUAGCGGUGAGCAUCGCCGAAACCGUGAGAGCUGUGGGUUUCCCUCCGGCCCAGCAAUGGGCCCAGGCAUGCACAUGAUGCUCACUCCGGACCCGACAGUGGGGAGCUGUAUGUCCGAGGAAGACAAGGACGUUGCUAUACAGCUUAUGCGUCUGGGCGAGAUAUCGACACACGGCCGGGCUUCGGCAUCGACAUUGGACGACACAUUUAGCGGAAGGGCCGACGCCGCCUCCUCGACAGGCGCAACCAGCGAGGCCGACAGCUGCGACGAAGACGAAAUGCCUGCGCCGCGGAAACAAAAGUUGGACACUUCGGGAGGCCAGAAGAGAUUGUUCCAUACCACUGAGAGCCACUUCGCUGGACCUCGAGAUAGCGCCGAGGUUAGUGGCGACGACGCUGACUACUCAGAUGGCGGCGAGAACGGCACAAUGGCUACCCCCACAACCAAGCCUGCCAAACUCAAAGCCAAUACCUUGGUGAAAGCUCGUCCACAAUCAUCGAGCAAGGCGAAGUCCUCCAAGCCGGCCAAGCCCAAAGCGAAAAAGGCAGUUAGUGGAGCAGGCCCCGCCUCCCCGGCAUCACUUCCUAUGUCUCGGAAGGAAUCCACCGCCUCGAAUCCGGCUUUCCCUCCAGUCCCCGGCGAGGAAGAGCAGCCGGAUCUUUCGACGAAGCCCCGCUGCCAGCGCUGCCGCAAGAGUAAGAAGGGCUGCGACCGGCAACGGCCUUGCGGUCGGUGCCGCGAUGCGGGAAUUCCCGCAGAGCAAUGCAUAAGCGAAGACGAGGGCAACGGUCGCAAGGGUCGGUAUGGCCGACACAUGGGCGUGCCUAUCAAGAAGGAGGACAUGCCGCCCCCGGCGACCCCGUUGCUGCCGGCUGCGCCAAUCGCUCCCGCUGCUGCUGCUACGCCGUUUGCCACCUCUCCAACCUCCGCCUUCAGCAUGCUGGAUAAGAAUAAGAAGCGUAAGAGGUAG